AUGUCUGACCAACCUCGCUCGUACGGUGGCCAUCCGAAAUACGCACAACAAUGGCCUCCUGUAUAUCCCUCGAUGAUCCCUCCGAACUAUCCAGUCAGUUUGGACUAUUCUCAAAUGAAUCAUCAACCGGCAACAAAUCCCGGGCCGACCUUUGACUAUAAUAUGGCAAGCGUCAACGCGAAUUCGCGAAUCCCAGGUUCAAGUGGUCCUGGAAACUCAGCAUUCGUUCCGCCUCAGUUCCCCUUCUUCAAUCACUUCGACGCAUCACAGUUUCCACCACCUUUCCCUCCAAUGCCGUUUGCUCCGAUGGCAUAUCCCCCAAUGCCAGCAGGAUCUUCAAAUGCUCCCAUUCCGUACCAGGGUAUAGACGGGCAUGGCUCACGCCAACUAUCAACGCCAGCUGUACAUCUGGAAGAUGUUUCACCUCAUGCAGAUACUCACCGUGAGGAGGGCGAGGUCAGUGAGGAGUCGGACGAAAGGUCACUACAGCGGACGCAUAAGGCUUCGCGCCAGGAUUUAGACCUAGAAGAAGGAGAAACCAUAUCUUCUAGCGCACAGUCCGCUAGAAGUAGUGGCUCACCAUACAACCCUCCUUUGUCAGUUACAGCAGAUCCAAGCAUGGUCCACCAUGCGAUGCAGUCCCAGCGGCAGGACCCACCUGUAACUGCCCCAGCCCCUCCUCCUCAGAAAUCGGCCGCGCAGCUGCGAACUCAAGCCCAGGGUGCUUUGCUUAGCCUGGCACCCCAUAAUAUCCGCUUCAACGAACUGGUCGCAGAAGGUAUCAACCCUAUAAUCCUGAAACGCCUUUACGAAGAAGUCGGUAUCAAGGUCGCCACAUCACCUAAGCAAGGUCCACCAGUUCGCCAGAAGGUAUCUGCCGUGGCUACAGUUGCUGGCAAGGGACUAGGAUCUAGCAAACCAGCUGAGGUUACCAAGAUGACCAAGGAGAAUCACAGCAACACGAAGUUGGAUUUACCGGUGUCUCAACCUUCCGCCCAACCGGCCGCACCUUCAUCCAAAGCUGGCAAGCCUCUGGAACGAAAGGAACUUAUCGCUCGGAUGCUGGCUGAGAAAGCUGCGAAGGCGACAUCCAAAGAGACUUCACCUACUGGCAGUGCGAAGUCUACCCCUCCUGCGAUACCAGUUGACGAACCCCGUCCGGCUCAAAAGGAAACUACCGUAAAGGAGAAGAGUAAAGCCCAGACGGAGUUGGCAAGGCAGCGAAUUGAGGAACUCAAAAGAAAGACUUUACUGAAGACCCAGAAAUUGGCUCAAGCAAAUCUGCCGCCGACCCAGUUAGAAUCUCCGGCGCCAGCUAUUCAACAUCCACUUCCUCUUCGACCUCCUAUGCCUGAAUCUCGUCACUCUUCUGGGCUUCCAGGACUUCUCAUGACUGGAUUGGAGCAGGAGUCACAUGAAACUCCUCCCUCUGAGCCAGUACAAGUUAUCGAUGUUGAUUCAACACCGACAUCUCGGGCAACGCAACGCAAGCGGCCUCGGGCUUCCGAUUUCGAUGAGCCAGUUGCACCUCCGAAGAAGCAUUUUAACCCAGCUGCGACUCGGUUCGACCCUACCGAUAAACUUAUCAUUGCCAUCAGCGACGAUGAGUCACUCUAUGGCGAUGAUGAGGACGACAACAUGGAGUUGGAUUCGAGCCCAGAACAGGAACCAGUGCCGAUAGUGAGUUCCGCCACUGUUCAGCCUCCUGUUCAAUCAAAUCUUCCUGCAACCCGGGCUUCGACAUCCACACCACAAGCCCCUUCCAGUCUCAGUGAUCAAGGAGACAUUCGACUUAAAGAUAUGGAAAUUCAAGCUAUGCGCCGCAAGAUUGCGGAGCUGGAACUACGAAGGAAAUCCAAGCUCGCUGCCAGCCGAACCCAGUCACCUCGCACGCUGGAUGACUCCGGGGCAUCAUCAUCCGGUAGGCCAUCCAGUGUCGUCGCAGCUACUUCCGAAGAAGGUAAAAUUCUUAUUAUCUCCUGUCUCCCAUUCCAUCUCUCUUACUGGGACAUAUUCAUUCUCAAGUAUGUUCGAGAUAAAUUCUACAAUUCAACUAACCAUCACCCAGAUUCUUUGAAGACUAAACCGACGACGGCGCCCCCUCCUACGCUCAUUCCGAGCCCCCGUGGCCAACUAGAAGCACUAGCCGAAGGCACUAGCACCCGAGAAUCGCUUGAAGAAUCCCAUGCUGAUGAUGUGGCAAACGAUGCAAUCGAGCGCACCGCACAGACAUCGGCUUCAAUUGAGUCCGAUUCUGCUGGGUCGGCUAUGCAAGAAUCUGAUGACAGUAGUAGUGACAGUUCCGAUUCGUCUAGCGAGAGUGAAGACGAACCUACUAGCUCGCCAGUGCAAGCCCAUGCCGACUCUGCUAUUGUGUCGUCAUUCUCAGAGCAUAUGGAGAUUGACUCUUCGGAGCGAUCUGCGUCUCGGAGCUCCCCCUCCGCCAUCACCCAUCCUAGUGCAACGUCUGCCGACGAAUACGUUUCCCAACAUCGCCCUAGCGAGCAGUCUCAGCGCGAAUUGUCUACGGAGUCCGACGGUUAUGAGCCCCCAGAGCCUGAUACUGAAGCUCAGUCUGAAGGCUCGAGUUACAGCCCUCCUCCAUUCAGCCCAGCUCUUUCCGGUCUUGUAGAAAACACAGCAGGCUCGGCACCAUCAUUUGACUUAACUCAAGCUGAUGAAGAACUAACCAACACGCCUCAGGUGUCAGACCCAUUACCUCGGUCGGAUUUGCAGGUUGGCGCUCCUGGCACUGAAACAUCACCCACCACUUCGGAGCAAAAAUUCACGCCGUAUACUAGCCCACUGCGAACUUUCAAGGCUUAUCGCUACCACCCGCAUUAUACCGAAGAUAUUCCGAGUGGCUACCGCUCGCUAACUUACAGUCAUAAUAUUGAUUCCAUGAAGUACAUGUGUCCAUAUGAGUUAGCCGGAGGUGUCUGCAAUGACCGAUCCUGCGAGUUUCAGCAUCUUCGGGACAUGACUCUAAGCGAGCCGUUAACCUCGACAGACGACAAAAUUCUCGUCCAGAUGGGCUCCGUCCGAGAGGGCCAAACCGAGGAAGAAAAAGAAAAAUAUCUUGCUGGUCUGAAAGAGAUCAUCAACGAUUUACGGCGUGACAAGGUGAAAGAUUUCAACACUGUGGCAUCAGAGAUAGCCGCAUACCGUAGGCGCUUCCUCCAAGACCCGUCGCGUGUCUUGUCCCUGUAA